GGCACUUGACAACCGCCGCCGCCACGCAGCACAAAAAGAAAAAGAAACACUGCGAACGAGAGGCGAAGAAACAGAUGGCAAAUAGAAACACGUUCUGUAGAACGCGAGAGGAAAGCUUGGACCGUUUUGCACGAGAUCUGCCAAUUGGUUUUUUGGUUCCGAAAGCUGCGGACGCCUGUUGUCGGUGACAGCGACGUAGGGAUGCGACUGACUCCGAAGGAACUUGAAGGGUUGCUCGUGCACCAGGCAGGAUUCCUGGCACAGAAGAGGCUGGCCCGUGGACUGCUCUUGAACCACCCGGAAGCUGUGGCUCUCAUAGCAUGUCAAGUCCAGGAACUUGCCAGAGAUGGUCUUGGUUUGUGCGAGGUCAUGGACAAAGGAGGACAAAUGAUCGGUCGUAACCAGGUCCUGGAAGGUGUUCCCGAUCUCCUUCAUGAGAUGACAGUGGAAGCCACCUUCACCGACGGUACCAAACUUGUGUGUCUACACUAUCCAAUUCGAAAGAAGAAUGGCGAUCUACAGUUGGCGCUUCACGGAAGCUUCUUGCCUGUGCCCUGUCACUCCGUGUUUGAAGAAAAGAAGAGUAACUUCCUGUUGAGGAAUCUACCCACGUACCUUGAGGACGUGGACGAGGACGCACUGAGCCUCCUCAGGUCACCCCCAGGUGAAGUAAUACCGGGCAAAGGCGACGUGACGUUGAACGCCGGACGGCGUAUGAUCAUCCUCAAGGUGGUGAACACGAGUGACCGUCCUGUACAGGUUGGAAGCCACUAUCACUUCACUGAAACAAGCAAGUACUUGGUUUUCGACAGAAAAAAGGCUUACGGCAUGAGGCUUAACAUUCCUGCCGGAACCUCCGUACGUUUCGAGCCUGGUGACGAGCGAUCGGUUCCUCUUGUGGAGAUAGCAGGGUUUCAAAUAGUUCGUGGAGGUAAUAACCUGUGUGAUGGCAAUGUAGACAUCAAAAAUCUUCCACAAGUCAUGAAGAGGGUAUACACCAAUGGGUUUGGCCACAUAAAACAGAAAACGGUGGAUGAAGGAAAACCUCACCGAAUGACAAGAGCCAACUACAUAUGUCACUUUGGGCCAACAGUCGGAGAUAAGGUGAAACUUGCGGACACAUGCCUGGUAGUAGAAGUGGAGAAAGACCACACUUCCUACGGAGAUGAAGUAAUGUUUGGAGGAGGCAAGGUGAUCAGGGACGGGAUGGGGCAAGCCAGCUACCGACGAUCUGAGGAGGUUCUCGACGUUGUCAUUACCAAUGCACUCAUUAUCGACGCUGUGCUUGGCAUCGUGAAAGCCGACGUUGGCAUCAAAGGCAACACAAUCGUAGGCAUCGGAAAGUCAGGUAACCCGGACGUGAUGGCGGGCGUGGACCCAUGCUUGGUGAUCGGUUGCGGCACAGAAGUCGUGGCCGGGGAAGGACUCAUCCUUACCGCUGGAGCUAUCGACACCCAUGUUCACUACAUCUGUCCACAGAUUGUCAAACAGGCCAUCGCUGGAGGAAUCACCACACUCAUCGGCGGAGGGUCAGGACCUGCUUCUGGGACCCGUGCCACGACGUGCACCCCAGGCCCGGACUGCAUUGAGAACAUGAUGCAAAGCACGGACAAUAUGCCACUAAAUUUCGGCUUCACAGGCAAGGGAAACACGUCUUACACGCAGGGGCUCGCUCCGGAACUCGUAUCCCAAGUGGAAGCUGGGGCUAUGGGCCUGAAACUUCACGAGGAUUGGGCAUCUACUCCAGCAGCCAUCGACGCCUGUCUCCAAGUCGCCGACCACUACGACAUCCAGGCGCUGAUCCACACGGACACGCUGAACGAGUCCGGUUGCCUGGAGCAGACGCUGGAGGCUUUCGCCGGCCGCUGCAUUCACGCGUACCACGCCGAGGGCGCCGGCGGGGGUCAUGCGCCCGACAUCAUCGCCGUCUGCGGAGAGCCCAACGUCAUUCCCUCGUCCACCAACCCCACUCGGCCCUACACAAAGAACACAGUGGACGAGGCCUUGGACAUGCUUAUCAUCUGUCAUCAUCUGGACAGGAAUAUCAAGGAGGAUCUAUCUUUCGCGGAGUCGCGAAUUCGAGCCGAGACUAUCGCUGCCGAGGACGUUCUUCAUGAUAUUGGCGCCAUCAGCAUCUACUCAUCCGAUGCCCUGGCCAUGGGCAGGAUCGGCGAAGUGGUGAGCAGGACGUGGCAGACGGCGGACAAGAUGCGACUCUUCAGGGGAAAGCUCGAUGAGGACUCUCCCAAAAAUGACAACUUCCGGGUGAAGCGGUACAUCGCGAAGUACACCAUCAACCCUGCCCUGGCCCAUGGCAUCGCCUCUUACGUCGGUUCUGUAGAGCCAGGAAAAAUGGCAGACCUCGUGCUCUGGAAGCCGGCGUUGUUUGGUGCAAAGCCUGAGCUUGUGAUCAAGGGAGGGCAGAUCAUCAGUGCACAGAUAGGUCUGGCAAAUGCCUCCAUCCCAAAUGCAGAACCUAUGAUGCUACGGAAAAUGUUUGGUGCCUGUGGAAUCUCAACUAGGAAAAACUCAGCUGUCUUCGUGUCGCAGGUCUCACUGGACAAAGGAAUAGUUCAGAAAUAUGGACUGAAGAAGACACUUCUUCCCGUGUCCGGCUCAAGGAAGAUAACAAAGAGCGACUUUGUGCUGAAUGGUCUGACGCCCAAACUCUCAGUUCACCCCGAGAAGUAUCUUGUGGAAUGGAUCAAAGAGGAAGAUGGCGAGGAGAAGAGGGUGCACCUCACUGUUCCUCCGUCUGACCACAUUGCUCUUGCACAGACAUAUUUUCUUUUCUAAGAUGGCCAAAUUAACGCCAUCUUGAAAAUGCUGUUUUUGAGGGCGCUACUCGAAAGUAUAUUUGUGCUGGCGAAAGGUUGAUAACAAAAAUCUUUUGCAGUGCAGCAUUUAUUAUGUAGAGGAUGUAAUGUAUAUAAAUGCAUAUAUUUACUCUAUAUUCAUUAUAAAAUCCUGAUGUUUUACUUUGUUUUGUUAAGAGUGUACCAACGAAGCUGUGUUGUCCCCUUCGGAUAAUUCAAAGAAAAUCUCAAAACAAUCAAAGAUAUUGGGUAAUCAUUUAAAAAAAAACACUUUGGCUACCGAGAAUUGCAUGAAAUAAUACUUUUGAACUUUAUGCGUUUUGAUUAAAAUUACCGUACCUCGGUG